GCGGCGCCUCUGCCGGCUCCGGUUCGUUCCCGGCUCCGUCGCGCCAUGGCCGUGGCCCGGCGCAGGCUGUCUGUGGGGCUGGGGCUGGCCGGGGUGGCCUGCGCCCUCGUGGGGGGCUGCCUGCUGCUCCUGGGGCCCGUCAUCAUCAGGCAGCAGGUCAUCAAGAACGUCAGGAUCAACCCCAGCAGCAUCUCCUUCCAAAUGUGGAAAGACAUCCCUGUUCCUUUCUACUUGUCAGUGCAUUUCUUCGAAGUGCUGAACCCCAAGCAGGUCCUCCAGGGAGAGAAGCCGGUGCUGAGCCAGCGUGGACCCUACGUGUACAGGGAGUACAGGUAUAAAACAAAUAUCACGUUCCACAACAAUGACACAGUUUCCUACCUGGAGAACCGGAACCUUUUCUUCCAGCCAGACUUGUCCAACGGCACCGAAGACGAGUAUGUUGUUGUGCCAAACAUUUUGAUGUUGGGAGCAGCUGUGAUGAUGGAAAAACUGCCAAAUGUUUUGAAGAUUUUACUGAGUGGAGCCCUGGCUGGCCUGAAACAGGAGGCGUUCAUGAACCGGACAGUGGGGGAGAUCAUGUGGGGGUAUGAAGACCCCCUUAUAGACACAAUAAAUAUGCUUGUUCCUGGCCUGAUCCCUUUCAAGGGGAAGUUUGGAUUAUUUGUAGAUUUUAACAACUCCAAUUCAGGACUGUUCACAGUAAACACAGGCAUGAACGACAUCAGUCAAGUUCAUAUGAUUGAUUCAUGGAAUGGGCUAAAGAAGGUGAACUACUGGCGGAGCAGCCAGUGCAACAUGAUCAAUGGGACAGCAGGGGAGAUGUGGCCACCGUUCAUGUCCCCGACCUCCCUGGAGUUCUACAGCCCUGAUGCCUGCAGAUCCAUGACACUGGUGUAUGAGCAGUCUGGGAAGUUCAAGGGUGUGCCCACCUAUCGGUUCGUGGCACCGAAAACCCUCUUUGCCAACGGCACAGAUUAUCCACCCAACGAGGGCUUCUGCCCCUGCAUGCAGUCUGGCAUCCAGAACGUCAGCACCUGUAGACUCAAUGCACCGAUGUUCAUUUCCCACCCUCACUUCUACAACGCCGACCCAUCCCUGGUGAGCGCAGUCGAAGGCCUGCACCCCAGCAAGGAGCAGCACGGGCUUUUCCUCGAUGUGCACCCUAUGACGGGCAUCCCCAUGAACUGCUCCAUCAAGCUCCAGCUGAACCUGUACAUAAAGCGUGUGUCUGGUAUAAUUCAAACAGGGAAGAUUAAGCCCGUGGUCCUGCCGCUGCUGUGGUUUGCAGAGAGUGGAUCCAUCGAAGGCUCAGUCCUAAAGCAGUUUUACAACAACCUGGUGCUGCUCCCGUCGGUGCUGGACUACGUGCAGUACAUCUUCCUUGGGCUGAGUGUCCCACUCAUUAUCUCAGCAGCUGUGCUCAUGGCAAUGAGUAAGAGAGGCGCUGCUGAGAAGAGCCCCUGUCCCCCCUCCACGCAGAGCAAACGUCCCCCCUCCUCCGAGACCACGCCGCUCCUGCACGACGCCGACGCCCUGAGCCAGGACGAUGCCGAGGCCUGAGCCGCCCGCCCUGCCACGCUGCCCGCAGGGACACGGCCACGCUGCAGGUGACACCUGCUUCGGAUCCCCAGAGCUCUCUGGAAGGUGAAGUCCUGGACAGCUCAGCGGAGUCCUGCACAGCACGGCAAAGCCACGGGAUAAUCCUGCUGCUCAGCAUUCCCGCUCAUCCAGAGACCCCGUCCAGACACUCAGCACAGCGUUCAAGAACCCUUGUCCCCAGGGGCCAGCCAGGCCCCUCUCUCCGGUGGAAUGAAGAUGGUUGCUGACUGAUCUGAGAAGUUAUUUGCAAUUUAAAACUGCCUAUUGCUAGGGAUAAAAGGCACUUUAAUGGGAGCCUUUAAAAUAAAUGAGGUUUGUAUAGGUAGCGCUGAUGGGAUUUAGUGAUCUUUUUAAAAGCCACUGUUCAUCUCACCAAAUGGGGCACGCUGUCCUGGAGCCACUUACAGUUUUAUUGCCACUUGAUGUAACUGGACUACACUGCAAAUCAUUUCUGGGUGCUGUCACUUCAGUGAUGUCGCUUCCCACAGUACCUGGAGCCUGCCUGGGGCUGCUCCAGCCUUUGCAUGUGUUGGAGAGUAGUGGUGACUUUUAAAGCCCCAGUUCUGUGCCAUGACCUUGUGCUCCACAGUGAUUCCAGCUCACAGCCCUGUUACUUAAUCUCUCCUGGCUGUAGGUGACUGCGUGAGAUGAGCCUUGGCAAAACCUCGGUGGUACAUCUGAGCUGUCACUCAGCUCCUGGCAGUUGUCCCCGCUGCCUGCUCAGCCAUCCAGGACCAGCUCUUCGGGCCGUGACCAUUGGCACAUUGGCCAUCAGUGGCUCUGGUCACACUGCCUGACUAUGGGAAGGGGGAAGCUUGACCCUGUCCUUGAGUGUUACUGAAGAUAUUUUUGCUUUUGAGAGGGAGGAAUAUGUGCAAUCAUGAAAGUAACAGUGGCCUUAAGUAGGGUUUGAUUAAAGUAUUGCAUAUUUCUGAAAUGGUGUGUUGAGUGACCUGGGGCUGGAUGUUACUGGGGGUGGGUGGCCUUGGGUCACACUUCAGUGGGAAGGAAGCCCAAAGCCCAGGAAUAUUUUUGGAAGAUUACUAGUCAGUAGUUGUCUACCACACCUGCCUUGCCCACUUCCAGCCAGGAGCUUGGGAAAGCAAAGGGGCCAGUGCUGGAGCAUCUGGCAAGAGAGGUGGGGAAUCUCUGCUGUCUUGCAGCAGAGGACUUGUUUCCCUGGGUGUGACAUGGGUACUCUUGGGGUCUGGACAUCUUUGUCCAGGACAGCCCUGUGACUUCCUAGUGGGCUAAGCAAUACUUUUCUCUUACACCUCCAUUGCUCUUACUGGUCCUCUUAGCACAGGACCUAAACCAGACUCGUCCUGGGCCAGUGCAUUCCUUACUGCCCAUGUCCCAGUCCUGCAGUGAGCCUAGGCUGCCUCACCAUGGAAGCAGCCGUGCUACAGCCUGGGUCACAGCGAGGAAAGGCGGCACUUUGGUCCAUGGGCUGAACUCCCCUACAUGCCUAAAGUGUGUCUUGCAGGUAUGACAGCCAAGUCCCUCCUUGUGGCCACUCCUGGGUUAUCUCUGUGGCACAAAUCCCCACUGAGAGUGAUUCUUCAACUGCAGCUGUAAACUCUCUCUGGCCUUGAAUCCGAAUGUAUGCACUGGCAAACAGCAGCUCACACUCACAGCCUCGGCCAGCGGCGAUGGAGCCGGGAGUGGGGCAGAGCCUCUGGGACAGCAGGGCGUACAGCAGCAAUACCCUCCCUGUGAGAGGCUUUAAUGACAUUACGGUGCUAAUUGCAGCUGGACGAGUGAACACAAAUAAAACGCGGGCAUACCGCUGUUAGCACAGGC